UCUGGGCGGAGGGGGCCGGGCUUGCGGUGUGACAAACUGAGAGAGACUGAGUUGGGCGGCAUUUAAGGGAAGAGGCGGGGCUGACUGGUGAUUAGUGGAACUGACCUCGACCUCGUGAGGGGCGAGUCUUUGCGGACAGAGAUGGGCGUGGUCCAGGCCCCAAGGCUCCUCCCAGUUGCUUAUUUCUGCUCCUUAUUUUACGUAUAUUUGCAAAAAUCAAAAAUAUGUACUAAGCCGGAACUAUUUCAAAGCACCCUUCCUCCUUCCUGCACACUUCUCCCCUGAGCCCCAUAACCGGUUAAAAACCACGCUGAGCCUCGGUUUCUUUAUUUCUGAAAGCGUCGGUAAAGCCUGCCCACAUCAGCCAGCUCUGGUUCAGUGACAGCCAGAAGGCGCUGUGUAAGCUGAGCCUUGAAGGAUGGAGAAAUUGCUAGAUAAACAAGAGGGGCAAGGCAUUCUAGGCAGAGGCGAGGGCGAGGGUCUGGAGGCUUGGAAGAGCCUUGGCGUGGUAGAGCUUUUAACAGGUUAAUAGGGCUGGAGCGGAGCUAAGGGUGAGGAUUUCAAUGCCCCGGGGUACCCAAAGUCAGAGAAUUACAACUUCUCUUCCUACCAUCUUUGCAGACACGGAAGCAGGAAGAUUCAGCCUUCCAGGGGCUGACAGUGCCACCAGGAAGAUUCAGGCUAAUCCAGUCUCCGCACGGUUUAGUCCAAGUGCAGAAGGAAGGAAAGGGUAUUUCAGGCAGAGGUUACAGGAUGGCCAAAGCCCCCCGGGGUGUGAGAGAAUUGAGAACCUUCAGCUGUUCACAGAGGGGCCCAUCGUGGCUAGAGCAGAGAGGAUGCAUGGGUGCAAGCAGCUGGCAUAGUUUGUAAGGGCCUUAUAAUGCUAGGCUGAAGAGCUUGAAAUGUUUCCCAAGGGCAAUGGGGAGCUAUGGAGGGUGUGUGAGUAGGGGAAGGGAACAGUAAGAUCUCUGUCUCUGGGGCCUGGGAGGAAGGGAGUGGAGGGGUGUCUGGGGAGCCCAGGGAGGGAGCUGAGCUGGCAGCCACAUGGGAGGGGAGAGGCUUGGGCUGUGGCUAUGGAUGGAGACGAAGAGGCCCUUUUAGAGAUGGAUACCGGAAAAAUGGACAGGAUGGAGGGACCAUCUGGGCCCUGAGGAAUGCCGCAUUUAUGCAAGAAAAACAGCAGCUGGCAGAGGAAGCAGAGAUGGGACAGACAGAGAGAUAGCAGGGAAUCAGGAGGGUGUGUUACGAUUCACUUCCCGGAUGGUGCCCAGCCGGCCGCGUGCAAAGUGCUUGUUAGAACUCCCAAGACACUGUAGGAAAAUGCUGUAAUUACCCCAUUUUACAGAUAAGGAAUCUCAGGCUCACAUGUUGGAGGAGCUCAGAGGCUGAAGUGAGGAGGGAUUGACAUCUUGGGAGCUGGACACGGACACGUGUGCCCCACUGGGGCUGGAGGAAGCCGCUGUCCUUGAGGAGGAAACCGCACAAUAACAAGUCACAUGACCAGGGGAGGGGGCUUCCUGUUUCCCCGGCCCCUCCCAGGCCAAUCUUGGCCCGCCCUGGCCUGAGCGGGCAGUGGCUAGAGUGACCCCAAGAGUCUUCAAGAUACUCGAGCCUCUGACCAAGGUGCUCCCAGAGGAACAGAAAAGUAGAAGUAGAGCGGGCUGGGGUGACCCAACCCCAGGAAUGGGGCCUCUGGUUCAGAAGCACCCUGGCGAGGAGAGGGGACUCUUGAAGUCCUCGUCCCAGGGAGGGGAGCACAGAGGUAGCGAAAGAUAAAGGAAACAAAGGAGAAGGGGGAGGUGAGGGCAACCUUGGUAGGUAGUGAGCUACCUGUCAAGGGAGGCAUUCAAAUGUGCCGAGUCAGCAUUGAUAACUCAAGAUCCCUUCCAGGGGAGAAAAUUAAUGCCCAUUUCACAGAAGAGGAAAUUGAGGCUGUCAUUUGCUCAGGACAACAAAGGCAAGAGCCCAGCUUAGGCUGUGGCUUUUGGGGGUGAGGAAGGAGGAGGAUUCAGAGGACACCGAUUUCUGGACAGCAAUGAGUGUCCGGGCCACACGUCCCAGAAGCCGACGAGGGAGGCACGCUCCGCCCGGUGAGCUGGACCCUGUGGCAGAAAGUUCAGAGGAGGCUGAGGCAGCCAGCGGGAGUUCUGAGCUGGGCCCUGUGCCAUCUCAGGAGAGCUGCAGGCCGGAGCUGCUGGGCCCUGAGGUGGAGGCCAGUGGGCAGGGUGUGGGGAGCAGGACGGACAAAGAGGCUGAUGGGGACUUUAGCAGGAGCUUGGCUCCAGCCCCCGAGGGACCCCAUGAACCUGCAGAGGAAGCCCACCAGGCACCAGAGGCAGCCCCCCGGGAGGAGGAGCCUGGCCCCACCGGGCCCGGAGCCCCUGAUGUGUUUCACGCUCUCCAGAAUGCGCUGAGCGCGCUGGAGGCCGCCGCCGCAGCCUGGCGCCACCGGCCCCCAGGCCGCCCUGGGCCGACAGAGGAGGAGGGCAGAAGCGAGGAGGGACCGGUGCCCUGCUGGGAGCAGGAGGGGGCAGGCUGCCGGCGGGAGGCUGCCCGCCUGUCAGAGAGGAAUGCCUGGCUGCGCUUGGCCCUGGGCAGCCGCCAGGACGAGCUGAUUCGCAUACAGGCUUCCCUGAAGGCCAUCCAGGCUGAGAAGGCGACGCUGCAGAGAGAGGUCCAGGAGCUACAGGAUUCCCUGGUGAGCCUGGAGCCCUUCCCACCUCCCUCCCGUGGCCGAGCAGGUGGCUUGGGCAGUGGUUCCAGCAGCUCUGGGGCAGACGAGGAGCCUUGGGGGACUCAUGACCCUUUCUCCCUGGCUCACCCCCUGCUCCGGCGCCUCCGGAGUGAUUCCAGCACCCAGAUGCUUGGGCCUCUCCCCACCCAGCCCGUCGCCCCCGAGAUGCACAUCAUGGAAGCCCAGAUGGAGCAACUCCGGGGGAGCAUCGAGAAGCUGAAAGGCUUCAACCGCCUGCUGUCGGCUGUGCUGCAGGAGUGCAAGGGCCGCUGUGAGGGCCUCAGCAUGCAGCUGGGCCAGCGGGAGGCCGAGGCCACCGCGCUGCGUCUGGCCUUGCAAUACAGUGAGCUCUGUGAGGACGGGUAUGGCGCCCUGCUCACUCUUUGGGAAGCGGGCUCAGGAGCAGAAGCCUGCGUGGGUGACCUGGAGGCAGCUGAGAAGGAAGCUCAGAGGCUGCUGGCACAAGAGGAGGCUGCCAUGGAUGGUGGGACACUGAGGGAGCCACAACCAAGCCCCGAGGGCAGCAGUGUGGAUAGGCCUACACCAGAGGAGGUGGCCACCCAGCUCCGGGGCUAUGUCCAGCGUCUCCAGGAGCGCCGUGCUCUAGUGAAGAUUCCCCCAGAGCCUGGCCCCACCUUGGCACCCACGCCCGCCGUGCCUCAUGCAGAAGCCAUGGUGCAGGCCAUUCUGGGGACCCAGCCUGGCCCAGCCCUGCCCCGGCUGGAGAAGAUGCAGAUCCAGCAGGACCUGGCAGCCACGCGGGAGACCCUGGCGGACCUAAUGCUGCGGCUCCAGCUGGUGCGGCGGGAGAAGCGGGGUCUGGAGCUGCGGGAGGCUGCCCUCCGCGCCCAGGGCCCGGCCCACGUGCUCCUGCUGGAGCAGCUGCAGUGGGAGCGGGCACAGCUCCAGAUGGGGGGCGCCGACAGCAGUGGUGGCGACAGCAGUGGAGGCCAGAGCAGCGGAGACGAGGAGGAGCGGGUCCAGGGCAUUCCUGCUGUCCCUGGUGGCAGCAGGGGCAUUGAUGGUGGCCAGGUGGGCAAAGUGCAGGACUCAGAGGAGCUGGCCCAGGAACUGGCAGCGUCACUCGCCCGGGCCCUGGGCCUGCGGGAGCAGCUGCAGUCUCUGUGGGAGGAACUGGAACAGAUGGCUCAGAAGGGGCGAGCCAGACGUGCUCAGAGUGCUGAGCUGAACAGUGAUUUAUGCAAGGCUCACAGCGCCCUGGUCCUGGCCUUCCGUGGCGCCCACCGGAAGCAGGAGGGGCAACGACGGAAGCUGGAGCAGCAGAUGGCACUAAUGGAGGCCCGACAGGCGGAGGAGCUGGCCCUGCUGGAGGCCACAGUGAGGGCCCUGGGGAGGCCCCGGCCGCCCUGCCCAACCCCCGGGCCAGGAGAAACCUUUCUGUAG